AAGAUGGGAGUCAUGGCAGUGCUCAUGUUGCUCCUGCUGCUCCUGGGGAUCAGCUGCCUCCUCUUCAUUUAUCAAGAGGUGUCCCGGCUGUGGUCCAAGUCAGCCGUGCAGAACAAAGUGGUCGUCAUCACCGAUGCCAUCUCAGGGCUGGGCAAGGAGUGUGCACGGGUGUUCCACACUGGAGGGGCAAGGCUGGUGCUGUGUGCAAAGAACUGGGAGAGGCUGGAGAGCCUUUAUGAUGCCUUGAUCAGCGUGGCUGACCCCAGCAAGACUUUUACCCCAAAGCUGGUCCUCUUGGACUUCUCGGACAUCGGCAGUAUCCCCGAUGUGGCCAAAGAGGUCCUGGACUGCUAUGGCUGUGUGGACGUCCUCAUCAACAAUGCCAGCGUGAAGGUGAAGGCACCUGCCCAUAAGAUUUCUCUGGAGCUCGACAAAAAGAUCAUGGAUGCCAAUUACUUUGGGCCCAUUACACUGACAAAAGCCCUGCUUCCCAACAUGAUCUCCCGGAGGACUGGCCAGAUUGUGUUAGUGAAUAACAUCCAAGGGAGAUUUGGAAUCCCGUUCCGUACGGCUUAUGCCGCCACCAAGCACGCUGUGCUCGGCUUCUUUGACUGCCUCCGGGCCGAAGUGGAGGAAUACGACGUCGUUGUCAGCACCGUCAGCCCAACUUUCAUCCGGUCGUACCACGUGUAUCCAGGGCAAGGAAACUGGGACGCCUCCAUUUGGAAAUUUUUUUUCAGGAAGCUGACCUACGGAGUGCACCCCGUGGAUGUGGCCGAGGAGGUGAUGUGCACGGUAAGGCGGAAGAAACAAGAAGUCUUUAUGGCCAACCCCAUCCCCAAGGCUGCCGUGUACAUCCGCACCUUUUUCCCCGAGUUCUUCUUCACCGUGGUGGCCUGUGGCGUGAAGGAGAAGCUCAGUGUCCCAGAGGAGAGUUAACUGCAGGAGGCCAGUGGGUCAUCUGAGGGGAAUAAAGGCUUUCUUGCAGGUG